AUGGCUCCCUCCGCCACCAACACGAAAUGGGACCAUGAAUACAAUACGCUGCGGCGAGAAAAUCUUUUCAAAAACCCUCCCAAGGAUCACACUGCCUACCCUGCGCUCCAGGCAGCCGUGAGCCCACACAUCGAGUCCUUCAAUGCCCUGUUCCGCAACGAUGGCAAGCCGAGUUUGCUCGAUCACGGCCUGGCCGACAUUGGCACCAAGACAUUCCUCGACGGCGACGAUCGAACGCCCCAAGGUCAAAGGAAUAAAUUGACCAUUCGCUACAAGGGUGUUACCCUUCAAAAGUCACAACUGCCGCCUUCCAACAAGUACGCCAAAACCCGGGAGAUCUUCCCUGCCGAGUGCAGAGAACGGCACGUCACCUAUCGUGGCAAGCUCUCCGCCACCUUCGAGUUCCGCAUCAAUGAUGGCGAUGCCAAGGAGUUCACCCGCGAUCUGGGGCAGAUGCCCAUCAUGGUCAAGUCAAACCGGUGUCAUCUCGAGGGCAACUCGCCCGAUCUGCUGGUGAAGAGGAAGGAAGAGUCCGAAGAACUGGGCGGCUACUUCAUCGUCAACGGUAUCGAGAAAAUCAUUCGACUGCUCCAGGUCAACCGACGAAACUUCCCAAUGGCCAUCUACCGACCCAGCUUCGCCAACCGUGGCGCCGGCUACAGCCCUCACGGCAUCAUUCUUCGCUCAGUUAGGCCCGACGAAACUUCUCAAACAAACGUCCUGCACUAUCUUACCGAUGGAAACAUGACCUUCCGCUUUUCCUGGAGGAAAAACGAAUACCUCGUUCCGGUCAUGAUGAUCCUCAAGGCCCUCGUCGAGACGAACGACCGCGAAAUCUUUGAGGGUUUGAUUGGUUCCAAGGGCUCCAAGUCUGCCCAGAACACAUUCUUGACCGACCGCGUCGAGCUCUUGUUGCGUACCUACACCAGCUACGGCCUCUACACAAAGACGGAGACUCGAGCGUAUCUUGGCGAAAAGUUCCGCGUUGUCUUGGGCGUUCCCGAUACCAUGUCCCACUACGAUGUUGGUACCGAGUUCUUGAAGAGGAUCGUGCUCGUACACCUAGGAAAUGUCGACGUCACGGAACAACAAGACAGCGACAAGUUCAAGAUGCUGCUGUUCAUGAUCCGCAAGCUGUAUGCCCUUGUUGCUGGCGAGUGCUCGGUGGACAACCCUGAUGCUAUCCAGAACCAGGAGGUUCUUCUCGGCGGCUUCCUCUACGGCAUGAUCUUGAAGGAGCGUCUCGAUGAAUUCCUCUCCACGGCUGUCCGCGCAUCGCUGCGUGAUUACCACAGGAAAUUCCCCGCCAAGACGUUCACUUCUCAGGAUUUCCAAAAGGAUUUCCCUGCCACCAUCUUCCGGCUCGCGAACGAGAGCCUCGGCUCUGGUCUCGAAUACUUCAUGUCGACCGGAAACCUCACCAGCCCGUCUGGUCUCGAUCUCCAGCAGACCGCCGGCUACACCGUUGUGGCUGAGAAGCUCAACUUCCUUCGUUUCAUCAGUCACUUCCGGAUGAUUCAUCGUGGUGCUUUCUUCGCGGAACUCAAGACCACAACUGUCCGAAAGCUUCUGCCCGAAUCCUGGGGUUUCUUGUGCCCAGUGCACACCCCCGAUGGUUCGCCUUGCGGUCUGCUGAAUCAUCUUGCCCACAAGUGUAGAAUCAUGACGGACCCCGUUGACACAUCGACUCUACCUGCCUUGGUAGCAGAAAUGGGAGCCGUGAGCACGUCCAGUGCCGCCACCGACGAGAGUGUCGUUGUCAUGCUCGACGGUCGCGUGCUGGGCUUCUCCACGCCCCAGGAGUCUAUUCGCAUCGCCGACACGCUGCGGUACUGGAAGGUCGAGGGUACACACGGCGUGCCCUUGGAGCUCGAGAUUGGCUACGUGCCUCCUUCCAACGGAGGCUCCUACCCCGGCCUGUACAUUGCAUCCAAGGCGGCCCGCAUGGUCAGGCCUGUCAAAUACCUCCCUCUCCAGAAGCAAGAUUAUGUCGGCCCCCACGAGCAGCCGUACAUGUCCAUCGCCGUCGUGGAAAACGAGAUCAUCUCCGGCGAGUCCACGCACGUCGAAUUUGACCCUACCAAUAUGCUGUCCAUCCUGGCCAACAUGACACCCUUCUCCGACUUUAACCAAUCUCCCCGAAACAUGUACCAGUGCCAGAUGGGCAAGCAGACGAUGGGCACACCGGCGACGGCGCUGGCACACCGAACCGACAACAAGCUCUACCGCAUCCAGACCGGACAGACGCCUGUUGUCAGGUCGCCACUGCAUAACGAGUACGGUUUUGACAAUUUCCCCAACGGAAUGAACUCGGUUGUUGCCGUCAUUUCGUACACCGGUUACGACAUGGACGACGCCAUGAUCCUGAACAAGUCUUCACACGAGCGCGGAUUCGGACACGGUACAAUCUACAAGGUGAAAAAGGUCUCACUCAAGGAUGACUCGAGAAGUCGUACCGCCAAGCAAGUCACCAAGCUGUUCGGUUUCGCUCCCAACAGCUUCGUCAAGGGCGAGUACCGCAGUAUGCUCGACGAAGACGGUCUUCCGUACGUCGGCCGCAUGGUUCAGGAAGGAGACAUUCUUUGCGCCUAUCACACCGUCACGGCAGACUUCAACGGCAAUCUGACCAACCUCGACGGCCAGACGCAAUACGAGAAGUACAAGGAGUCGGAACAGGCCUUCAUUGAGGAGGUGCGCAUCAUCGGCAGCGAGAAUGGCAAUGAGCCGGCGCAGACUGUAUCGAUCAAGCUUCGCGUGCCUCGUGCCCCCGUCAUCGGUGACAAGUUCUCUUCUCGUCACGGACAAAAGGGUGUCGCCUCGCAAAAGUGGCCUGCCACCGACAUGCCCUUCACUGAAUCUGGCAUGCAGCCUGACACCAUUAUCAACCCGCACGCUUUCCCCUCGCGCAUGACUAUCGGCAUGUUCGUGGAGUCGCUUGCGGGUAAGGCGGGUGCGCUACACGGUCUGGCACAGGACUCGACGCCGUUCAAGUUUAACGAGGAGAACACGGCGGCCGACUACUUUGGGCAUCAGCUGAUGAAGGCGGGCUACAACUACCACGGAAACGAGCCCAUGUACUCGGGCAUCACAGGAGAGGAGCUUUCGGCCGACAUUUACAUUGGUGUCGUGUACUACCAGCGACUACGUCACAUGGUGAACGACAAGUACCAGGUGCGAACGACGGGUCCCGUGGUGCCGACCACCGGCCAGCCUAUCAAGGGCAGGAAGAAGGGUGGUGGUAUCCGUGUCGGUGAGAUGGAGCGCGACGCCCUGCUGGCGCACGGCACAGCGUUCCUCCUGCAGGACCGUCUGCUCAACUGCUCGGAUUACACCAAGUCCUGGAUUUGUCGGUCGUGUGGCUCGUUCCUCUCGGUGCAGCCAACCGUGUCACCGUUCGUCGGUAAGAAGAAGCAGAUCAGCACGGUGCGGUGUCGCAGCUGCGCCAAGCGGCUCGACGAGACCGACCUUGAGGGCGACAGCAUCGAAGGCGAGAUCUGGGAGGACGGCCAGGGCACCCAAUGGGUAGGCGGCGACAACACGACCGUUGUGGUUGUGCCAGGCGCGCUCAAGUACCUCGACGUCGAGCUGGCGGCCAUGGGCGUCAAGCUCAAGUACCGCGUGGACCAACGGGAUGCGCCGAGGAAGGGCGCGCUGAAACCGAUGAAGGCAUUGGAUGGCGUUUUGGGCAAGGCGUAA